AAUACGAAACACAGCCACGAGACACGUUAGCUAGCGCUGUAUUGUUUGGCAGAGACACAUGAGGCAUGAGGCAGGCAUCCAAUCUGUCAGAACUACAGGACUCCCUGUCACCAUGAAGCCUCCCUGUCCAGAUGUGCUGAACAACAUCUGCUCUUGGCUGGAGGUGUAGGAUGUGUGCACACACUGUUAAGCUUAUUAAGUAUUGUAUUAUUUUAUGGUGGAAAUGACAAUAAAGCUAACUGACUUUUUGCAUGUAUUUUCACACUUUUCUCAGAUAUACAAUAUUCUCCCCUUUUUCUUUACCAUAACAGCAACAUUCCUAACAUUCAGAUUAAUCUUCGAGUUCAGUUCUUGAGACGUUGAUUGAAACAUUUGGGAUGUUGAUUAAAGAGCAGAUAUUUCAGAUCAUGAGUCUGAAGUUACUGCAGACGGUGAAACAGAAAGUAAAAGUGAAUAUCUGAGUUACGAUCAGGUCCAGUUUUAUAUCUCACACAGUGACACAGACAGUCGGAGCAGCAGGUACAGGUACGGAUACAGGUACAGGUACAGAUACAGGUACAGGUACAGAUACAGCACCACGGCUCGAGCAAAAGAAACGAGACAGAGUUACAGCAGCAACACAUUACAGAUCACAGAACCUGCAUCAUGAGCUGGCUUCCGAAGGUAUUGGGUAUGAAAUCUAAGAAACCGACCUUGAGCCCAAAGCCUGUAUUUGAUCAGCCAUGGCGGUCAGUGACAUGGGGGGAGAGUGAAAAAAGUGAGAUGCUGAAAAAACUGAAAGAAUUCCAGCCAGGAACUGCAGAAGUCCGAGAGCUGAAGAUUCUACUUCACGGCCCGGUCGGAGCAGGAAAGUCCAGCUUUAUUAAUUCAGUCAACACCGUCCUCCAGGGACACAACACCACCAGUGCGCCGGCAAAUUCAGCAGCUGGGAAAAGCUUCACUAAAGAGUUUAAAUUUCACAGGCUGAAGAAAAACAGGCCUGGAUCUUUCUAUCCGUUUGUCUUUCUCGAUAUCAUGGGUGUGGAAUCCGAUGCGUCAUCAGGAGUGCACAGUGAUGACAUCAUCAAAAUAUUACAUGGUCAUGUAAGAAGCAACUACGCUUUCAAUCCUUUUAAAUCAAUCCUUAAAGAUGACCCAAAGUACCACAGUAACCCCAGUCUGAAGGACAAAGUGCACUGUGUGGUGAGUGUCGUACCAGGGGACAGAAUCUCCCUCAUGACUGAGGACGUCAUCCAGAAGAUGAGAGCUGUUCGUGAGAAAGCUCGUGAGUUAGGGAUUCCUGAGGUCAUCAUUAUGUCCCAUGUUGACCGAGCAUGUGUGCUAGUUAAAGAGAACCUGAGUGGGAUCUACACCAGCAGAAAAAUUAAAGAGAAGAUGGAAGAGUGCAGUCAUAAACUCGGAGUCCCAAUGAACUGCAUCUUUCCUGUGCAGAACUACUAUGAGCAGGUCUCCAACGACUUGAACAUGGAUCUUCUGAUUCUCAUGGCCAUGACCGACAUCAUCAGCUUUGCCAAUGACUAUGUUGAAGCCCAGGUUUAUAACACCGAUCAGUACGUUGAAGAUCAGGCUUAUAAUGAAUAAUUUAGACUUGUUCACUUUCCCACAGAGUAGCAACAUGGAAUAGUUUUAUAGUUUAAUAGGACAGGAAUGUGGUAGAAACUAUUACAACAUCUUUUAACUUAACACUAAUCUUUUUACAUUUUCUCUUUGCUUCUUGUAUUCUAGGGUUAAUUAGGGUUAUUAAUUAUUAGGGACAGUAAUCUGGAGUCAGCUUUACUCUAAUUUUCAGACAUUAUGUGUCUUUACAUACAUUGAUUGGGACAUAAUUAGAGGUGGAUUAUGACGCAGUUUCGGGGUUCACGUUACACUUCACUAGAACGUUCCUUACUGCACUUUUCAGAACUGAUAGGAACUUUAAACCUAAAUCUCUCAGUAGUUCACAGCUUCCACUCAGUGACACUAUGCUGUAGAUGGCAUGAGCUGUAGGACAAUUAAAGCUUUUUUGACUUGACUCUAACUAAACUGAAGCCAAAAUAUGAGGCCCCCUAGUGGCUGGCUGCAGUACAAUAUUUUAACCCUGCAUAUUACUACACUAGUCAACAGGAUUUGAACUUCAGUUGGCUAUCAAAUCUCCCCUAGUAGCUUUCACUGUGACAAAUGGAUUUGUUUUGGGAAGUCAAACCUCAUAAACAUGAAUGAUGGAUAAUGACAGCUAGCACCGGGCGAGCUCUGUUUAUUCAGUGUGUGUCCCUGCUUCUGUUUGUAAUUAUUGUUAAGUUUAGUGUAAAAAUGCUUCUGUAUAUUUACUGAUCAGUACACGACAUAAAGUACAACAAGAAAAACACAGCGUGGUUUCGAAUGAUGGCUCUUUAUAGCUCUUAGGUGUGGGAACUUAUCUGUCUCUACACUUUAAUAAUCUGAUUUAUGACUUGAAUGGAUUUUAAUCUGGAUAUUUGAAUAUUCUCUGUAUAUUUAUCUUCACACACAUCUCUGUAAACUCACUUUAACACGUGUGCUGCUUUAGUCAGUCAGUAAGAAACCUGAGAAAGAAUAAAAUGUCCGUCUGUCUGUGUUUCUGA